AUGCCAGAUGAUGCGAAUGAGGAGACAAUACAAGAGUUUGCAUACAGCCUGAAUGCCGAAGAUGGGUUGAAGGACAUUGCAGGAGGCGAGGUGCAUGACGAUCUCAAUGAAGCUAUUGUGGAAAACGACAGCCGCGGGAAAGUUGAAAAUUCGGGGGGAUCAGAGAGAUCAGCACAGCAAAGAAGGACUGGGAAGCGUCGCAAGGCACAUGGCCGAAUGAGAAAUUUUGUCUACAAUCAAGAAUCAAGCAGCUCACGUCCUCAUUGCAGGGGGGUCUUGUCCGCAAAGGAAAAGAGUGAAAAUAACGUCGAGACCAUCACGCACGAAGACGGAAGCACGAGUAACUACUUCGAUAAACGCAGACUCAAGAUUGCCCCGCGCUCGACCCUGCAAUUUAAGAUAGGGCCAUCGUUUGAGACUGUCGGGCGAUAUUGCCAAGUGCUGGGGCAUCGUGACAAAAGGCCGGUGAAUUUCAUGCUGAGGCCUCGCAUAGACCGUGGUUUCGACCAUAUUGAAGAUGAAUGGAUCGGUUACAAACGCAAUUACUUCACGCUGGUGACGUCUUUCGAGGUUGAAAGCCUAGAACUGCCGGAAUUUUUGAAUCAGUCCUUUGAAGUGGAUGGGGUUUCAGGUGCGAGUAGCCCCCUAAGGCCAAAGUACUUUGCAGUGCGCCUCAUGGCUGUGUGCGAUGAGGAUGAGUCACAAGUUAGCCUCGUGCAGCACACUGCGAAACGCGAUAAAGGCCCGCAGUUCGAACCGCCCAUCCUGGCAUUGGUUCCCGCAACGCUACCCAGCCAUCAGAUCAUUAGAGAAGCGUCGAAUGUGAGAAACGAGUCGAAGAUGAAGAAAUAUGACUCCUUAUUCUUUUUCUACCGAAACACAGACGCGCAGGAAUUCGCGCCUGAAAGCGUGGUACACAGCUAUCCCAAGGACCGCAUCAAAAAGGUUGCACGAUAUGAAAGGGUACAAUUCUCUUCCUCUAUUAACGCUAAAAAGCAGCCAAACCAGUGCAAGCACUUCAAGCUGCGCGUUGUCUUGGGCUGUGUGGUGGACGGGCAGCACCUAAAUCAAGAUUCGUUUUGCGCUUAUCAGGGCCUCGAUUGCCUUGUCGAAAACGGAACAGGCACUUUUGUGCCAAUAUUAGAGAUGGAGACACCGCCUUUAGUUAUUCGCGGUCGAUCGCCUUCCAAUUAUUCCGCUGCCCUUGCAACCCCAAGUCCUAAGCGAGCAAAAGCUUGCCAGAAUAGCAUAUCCGCAACAAGGAACAGUGGCCCUGGUAAAGGCGUCCCAACUUGUGGCCCCUUGACGCGUGGCACACCUCGCGCUGUAUUCAAAGCAUCAGAAUUUCAAGAUUCAAAUGAGGAUGGCAUGCAGAAGCGCCGUGGUGCCACAAAGCCACUAUCAUUCAGUAGCUCCAACUUGAAGCCCUCGGCCAGCGUAAAGACUCCUGACUCGAAUAUGCCGAAGAAGACCCCGUCCUCACUGACGUUCUCUGAAAAGCGCCUAGAUAUGCAAACAAUGUCAUCUAUUGAGGCCGUGAUGAUGAGGCAUCUCCCGCAUAUCCUUGAAAGGGGAUCUGUCGUUGAAGGUCUAGAUUUAUUAUCCAAACACUGCUCUGACAGCUCGUACACAAUCGGCAUGAGGGACAUUGAGCUGACGCCGUUUUUACUAGGAACGCCUCAAGACUUCGGUGGACAUCAUUCAACGUCGGGUUUUGAAAGUGAUGUUUUCGGUCUAGGCAUGAGCCCGGAGCCCGCACAUCCACAUUCCCCCAGCAAUGCUUGCACGAUCCGAGAAACUACGAAGCAACUGCGUCCACUCAGAGAACGCAAGCUCAAUAAUAAGCCUGCUUCCAUGGAUAUUACUUUCUCAGGCAAGCCCUCAUCAACAAACAACGAUGAGGCCACUGAGUGUACUUUCUCGGAGAACUCGUACCAGUUUCAUGCCACCAUAAAUGCAAAAAGUUCAAGGGGCACGGCCAACGUACCGCGAUCGGUUGAACCAAACCCCAUGGACAUCUCAUUCCGUUUAAAUAUGGGCACUGAUUCCGCAAGCAUGCCUCGGCCAAUUUCUAACACGGGGCUAGCAUCGCGGCGUAUGCUCACAGCAAGUGGCAAGCCAUCGGAUAUCUUCGGGGCGAGCGAACUCUUCGACGAGCCUAGUUUCUAUCGUCAUUAA